CGUACAACAAAGCGAAUUAGCGAUAGUUAGUGAUGCUAGUGUAAGUAAGUAUGUAGAUUGUUUUCAACGUUUUCGACAGUUAAUUUCUUAAAUUCUAAGCAACAUUUAGGUGUUUUUUGUAAUUCAAUAAGUACCUACCUAAUGGAAGCGGGUCCGGUCAAAAAAAGUAAAACACAAUCAAAAAGCCUGCAACAAGCUUACUAUCCUGCACCUAGUUUUGUUAAUUAUAUCACCAAAGAAGAACGUCUCAAGUCCUUUGAAAAAUGGCCAAUACCAGAAAUUAAAACACCUCAAGAACUAGCUCAAGAUGGAUUCUUUUAUUCAGGACACGAAGAUUUAGUACAAUGCUUUUCAUGUGGCGGUGGCCUUUCGAAUUGGGAAAUAGGCGUAGAUGUUGCUUUCGAACAUGUUAAAUAUUAUCCUAAAUGCGGUUACGUGAUUGAAAAAGAAGGCGAAGACUUUGCCGAGGAGGUGAAAAAAAUAGUGAAAGAUCAAUACAUGAUGGAAGAAUCACGCUUAUCAUCGUUUGACGAUUUUUGGCCCCAAUCAGCGACUAAAACACCUGAACAACUGGCAAGAGCCGGAUUUUUCAACACAGGGGAUAUCGACGAUGAAGUUCAAUGCUUCGAAUGCGGUAUCACGAUAAAGGACUGGAAAGUUGACGAUGAUGUCUGGUUUAAACAUACUCGACAGAACCCAAAAUGUGAAUUUGUUUUUAAUGUAAAAGGUCCAGAAUUUAUAAACACAGACAAAGGAUAUCGAGUUGAGUCGUCGACGGAGCAAAUAAAUCGUGUGCAGGAAUUGAUGAAACAACAAAGUCGAGAUCUAAGCGACCCAUGCCAUGACAACUUCAAAACUGUCGAACAACGACUGGAAUCUUUCAAAAAUUGGCCAAUUUCACAAAUAAAAAAACCAGAGGAGUUGGCUGAAGUUGGAUUUUUUUAUUCAGGAACAAGAGCACGAGUGGUUUGUUUUCAUUGUAAUGGAGCACUCGGCAAUUGGACAGCGACUGACGUAGCGAGCGAAGUACAUGCAAAGUGGUAUCCUCUAUGCGCAUUUAUUCGUCAAGUCAAAGGCGAAUUGUUUGUCGAAGCAGCAAAAAAAAAAUUCAGCGGUAUUUAUAGCACAAAAGAAGCUCGUAAGAAGUCGUACGAAACUUGGCCAUAUUUAGCAAACAAGGAGCCAGAAGAAUUGUGCGAAGCUGGAUUUUUCUAUACCAAUAGUGAGGAUGCAGUGCAGUGUUUCGAUUGUGGCUAUUGGCACGUUAACUGGCAAGCCUGCGACGAUCCUUGGUUUCUACACGCGAAACUAAACCCAUCUUGCAAAUUCUUACGCCAAAUGAGAGGUGAAACAUUUCUGAAUCAAGUAGAACAAGUUUUAGCCUCCAGAAAGACGAUCAGCAAAACAAAUCGCAGUGUACACGAAUCCAUAAUAUUUAGAACUAAUGAAGAUAUUAUUCAAGGACUGAUGAAAUUUUCCGUAGUCCAAACAGUUUUGAAAGUCGGUUUCAAUGAAUCCAAAGUAAGACUGGCUAUACGAUAUUACUUGAAAUGCCCUGAAUGGUUUAGAACAAUUGAAAAUUUAUUUGAAUUGAUAAUGGUUUCUCAAAAAAAAGACCCCGAAGUAUUCGCCUGCCUUCUUAACUUGAAAAAAGAAAACGAUCGAUGUGAAAAGGCAAAAAUAUGUAAAUUUUGCUCCGAACAAGGUCCAAUAUCGAUACUUGUGCCUUGUGCACAUCUACUCAGUUGCUGCCAUUGUGUUGCUAAAAAUUUGAAACGUUGCUUCGCUUGUAACGAAAAAAUCGAGCACAAGUUGGAAAUGUUUCCAAAACGUAAUAAAAUUUUGUUUUAGUUUAAGCCAAUUGUUUUUGACGAAUUGUAGAUAUUCGAAUCCUAUUACAUGAGACUGACUUUA